CCUGUCAUUUAUUGACGCUUUUCAUUUCCUGAUUUUGUCUAUAUAUUACGUAAUUUUUUGUUAAAACUUGUAUGUCGAAAAUCCCAAAUCUCCUAAUUUUUAUAACGUUAAUAAAGUUAACCGAUUUCUCUCACAGAAGAUAUGCAAAGUACAAUGCGUACUAUUUAUUCGAAGAGAGAAAAGGUAGGAGAUUCAUAGAGAUUAUAAACGAAGCAUCAGCGAAAGACGAAAAUAAAUUACAGCAAGCAGAAUGGAAUUAUGCUACAAACCUUACAGACGAAAACUUACACAAAAAAUUAGCAGUAGUCGCUGAGAUCGCUGAAAGAACCAAAAGGAGAUGGACAAAAUUGAUGAGGAUAAGAUGGAACACAUUCUGGGAUAUCGAUCUGAAAAGACAAUUCAAGCUCUAUUCAGUUCUUGGUGUCUUCGCACUCCCCAGACCGUGUCUGGCAAGAUACAACGAAAUAGUGGGAAGAAUGGAGAAAAUAUAUUCAACUAACACUAUCUGUGAUUAUCAAGAUAAUACUAAGUGUAACCUGACCUUAGAAAAUGAAAUCGCUGAGAUUUUGAAAUCAUCCAGGAACGAGCCAGAGUUGAAACAUGUAUGGUUGAGUUGGAGGAAUGGAAUAGGACCAAGAGUAAAAAAUCUAUACACGGAAUACGUUCAUUUGUGCAACAAAGCGGCCCAUUUGAAUAAUUUCGAUAAUAACGCGGAGAUGUGGUUGGAUAGAUACGAGGAUAGCAACAUCAAAGCGAAGUUUAUGGUAUUAUGGAAUGAUAUUAAGCCGCUCUACCUGCAAAUUCACGCUUACACUAGGUUCCAUCUGAAGCAGAUCUAUGGAGACGUUGUGGACGAACAGGGUGCCAUUCCAGCUCACUUGUUGGGCAAUAUGUGGGCUCAAUCCUGGGAGAACAUUGCGACAGAUUUCCUGCCAUACCCAGACAGAACGAUGACGGAUAUUACUAUAAAAUUAAUAGAGCAGAAAUACACACCGCUGAAAAUGUUCAAGACGGCGGAGGAGUUUUUUGUUUCCAUCAAUAUGUCGGCUAUGCCUCCCCUCUUUUGGAAUAAUUCAAUAAUAGAGAAACCUUGCGAUCGUGAUAUAAUAUGCCAUGGUUCUGCCUGGGAUUUUGCGAACGGUAAAGAUUUUCGGAUAAAAAUGUGCACCAGGGUGACAGAGGAAAAUUUCUUCGUCAUACACCACGAAAUGGGCCAUAUUGAGUAUUAUAUCCAGUAUAAGGACCAACCUUUUCCAUUCAGAUCAGGCGCCAAUCCAGGUUUUCACGAGGCUAUAGGAGAUCUCAUCACUCUGUCUGUGAAGUCACCCUGCCAUCUACCUAAAUUGAACAUGUCUUCCAAUGGCUUUGGCGAUCCAGAAGGCUUUAUGAACAACUUAUUCAUGUUAGGGAUGACUAAGAUCGUUCUCCUGCCCUUUGCGUACAUCGUUGAUCUCUGGAGGUGGGAAAUAUUCGCCGGGAAAAUCACACCCGACAACUACAACCGCAGGUGGUGGGAACUUCGCAGGGAAUUCCAAGGGGUUGCACCGCCAGUCGCCAGAUCAGAAUGCGACUUCGAUCCAGUUUCCAAGUACCACGUGGCAGCAGACACGCCCUACAUAAGGUACUUCGUUAGUUUCGUCAUCCAGUUCCAGUUUCAUAAGGCGAUCUGUGAAGCGGCAGGCCAGUAUAGAAAAGGGGACCCGAACAAAGAACUUUAUAUGUGCGAUGUUUAUCAGAAACCAGCGGCAGGUAAUCUUUUGAAGAAGAUGUUGCAGAUGGGGGCUUCGAGACCAUGGCCAGAUGCCAUGGAAGUGUUGACAGGACAGAAAGAGAUGGAUGCAAGUGCACUGAUGGAAUUCUUCAGACCGUUGUAUGUCUGGUUGGAAAGACGCAAUAGGGAGAAUUGUGUAUUUGUGGGAUGGUGAAUCUACGAGGCUGGAGAAAAGAAAUGAAAGUACAUCCCAUCUCAUGCUGAGUUGCUUCCAUCGAAGAAUUAAUCACGGGUGUCAUGUCAAGAAUUGAUUUCGGAAAGACCUCUUAUCAUCCAUGAUUCCUGGUAAUCAUUGCUAAUUUUAAGUUUCAUAAUAUAUCUAUUUAUAUUGAUGUAAUAUUUGCUAUAAAAUAUAAUACAUACUAGCAUUAA